AUGCAGGCCUCCAGUACUGCCCUGGUUGUUCUCCUCUGCACCCUUGCCCUCUGUGGCCAGGUCCUCUCAGAGCCAUAUGGUGUUGAAUCCUGCUGCUUCACCUAUACUUCCAGGCAUGUACAACGAAGAUUUGCCCACAGUUAUUUUGAGACCCACAGCCAGUGCUCCAGACCUGCCAUCAUCUUCCAGACCAAAAGAGGCCAGCUGGUUUGCGCCAACCCCAGAGAGGCCUGGGUCCAACAGCUCACUAAAUACCUGGAUCAGAAAACCCAUUAG